AUGGCAAGUAUCCGACAGCUUGAAAAGCUGCGGCCAUUAGGCAAGCUCGAGCAAGUGUCAGCGACUUGUCACCAUCUGGGCUUCUUCAACAAUGUCGGUCUGUCGGUUCACUACAGACUGUCUCAACUCUUCCCACCCAUCACUUUCGACCUUUGUGAUCUCAUCCACUUGGCUGUGGGAAAGGUCGUCCAAAAGUAUCGCAUACUCAGUGCCAUACCUAUCAACGAAGACACUCCCGAUGCGCAUUUUGCUUCACUUCUUUCAGUAGAUCUAAGUCGAAGCAUCAAGUUCCUCACGCGCUCCCAACCUUGGAAUGAUCUUGGGGAAGCUGAAGACCGCGAGCUCGAUGCGAUUCUUGAAGACCAGCAUAAUACCGAUUUCAAAACCGGCUAUGGCACGGAGCCAUUUUGGCGCAUCGUUGUGCUACAAAGCGCUGAGCAAAAGAUGGACUUUACGGUGUCCUUCAUCUACCAUCAUGCCAUUGGAGAUGGCGUGUCUGGAUUGGUGUUUCACAAAAAUUUCCAUGAUGCACUCGAGGUUCUUUCUUCCACACCUGCGCCUUGCUUUAGAAGAGAAGAGACAGUGGUGCCGAAGGAAGAUGCAAAGAUUCCUCCCGCCCUCGGGCAACUGCAUCCUCUUCCAAUCAAUCCAGCGCCUCCUGCCAAUGCCACUGGGUCUUUUAAUCAGUGGACAGGUAACUGUAUUCAACAUCCCUGCAAGUCUCGUUGGACUUCUCUCCAUCUCCCACCAAUUGUCUCCAAAUCCUUCUUCCUCAAAUGCAAGCAGAAUGGACUGUCUGUAACAUCCGUAGUCUCAUCUACUCUUGCCACGGUGCUGUUCGAUAUUCUUCCCCUUGAUGUUGGGGCUCUCACCUGUAUCAUUCCCAUUAACCUUCGCCCAUGGCUUCAAUUGCCCCGAGAAGUCGGUGAUGAUGCACUUGGAACAUACUUCGAUGCUACCAGAGUGUUGUUCAAACGGCCAGAGCAGAUUCCCAACAACCCCCAUUCGGUCAACGAUGUAUGGAUCGCCGCUAGGAAAGUCUCAGGUAUAGUGAACGACUACCUGAGCAAUGUUUCGCCUUCUGGAGAACCUUACACAGCCGUUUCUGCUCUUGAGACUAUUCCUAAUGUCUCUACCAUCUUCAAGCCAAUGAUUGGGGAACCUCGGGACGCAGCAUUUGAAGUCACAAACGUCGGAAUUUUUCCCACCCGCGCUACUCCAGAGACAAAUGAAGCUUCCAUCUGGCAAGUUGGGAAAGUAGUUCUCAGUCGAAGCUCUCUGGUCACUGGUGCCGCAGUCACUGUCAGCGUUGCUACCGGCGGAGAUGGUUCAAUGACAAUUGGAUACAGCUGGCAAGAGGGCGUCGUGAGCGACGAUCUGGUUGAAAAGAUCAACCAGCUUGUUGGAGAAUGCCUGAAAGAAAUUUGAGCAGACAAGUGGUUAGCACACUGAGAUGUCGG